AUGCCCGGCUCAGCCAUUCUCACGCUCUUUUCCUCCUGUCUGUUUUCUUGCGCCCUUGCCGGCAUCGAGCCACAGCAAGCCGUUUGGACUUCCGCGCCGAUAGGUCCAGACGGGCCAUGGAACGCCGUCGAGGUGUCCCUUGGCGGCCAGGCGAACAUUGGUCUAUUUCCAGGGCGCCUGUGGAGCACGUUCGUCACUACCACGGACUACUGCGCGGUCAACAGCACGAUCCCCCACUGCGGGUCGGGCACUUAUGACAAGGACAAUGCCAUUCCCGACGCUGCCACCGGGACCGCCUUGACUGUACAAUGGCAGCCGGACGAUCAGCAGCUGAGCGAGGGGAUCGAGGUUCUUGGGACCGCUCCGAUGCGCCUUGAUUCCAUCGACUUGCACUUCGGGCUCGGCGCCAUCAAUAACCACUCGCUUGCUCUCAUCGAAAACGAUUCUCAGAUGUACGAGUACCCGGGCGGAACGCGGUACCCGAUCUUCACGGGCUGUCUCAGCCUGGGAGCCACCGAUCGGUAUCAAGUGUUCACAGGCGGCGAUGGCGGAACCACCAUCAACGCCACCAUGAUUCCAUGGUACCUCAAGGACCAAGGCAAGACCGCGUCUAGCUCCUUUGGCUUGCACAUCGGGUCCGCGGGACCGACCGCGACGAUGUCAGGGUCGCUUCUUUACGGAGGUUACGACCGCAACCGUGUGCUCGGCAACGUGCUCGCAUUUGACGGCGAUCUCUGGUCCUUCGUCCGCCUUCAAGACAUCGGCAUCCGCGUCAUUGACGGCGUCUCCCCCUUUACCGCUUCCUCCUCCGGUUCCGGCGCGAUCAGCGACAACAUCGCAGGCCUCCUCGCGCAGGGCAACUCCUCCAUCACCUCGGCCGGCCUGUCCGUCCUCAUCGACCCCUGUACCCCCUACCUGACGCUUCCCAAAUCCACCUGCGACGCCAUCGCCUCCCACCUCCCCGUCUCGUACAACUCCUCCCUCGGCCUCUACCUGUGGAACACCUCGGCCCCGCACUACAGCCGCAUCGUCGCCUCGGCCUCGGCCCUCACCUUCACCUUCAUGGGCGAGAGCAACACCCAAACCGGCACCAUCAACGUGCCCUUCCGCCACCUCAACCUCACCCUCUCCCCGCCCUUCACCGACACCCCGGUCCCUUACUUUCCCUGCUUCACGGGCGGCACGGGCCAGCCCGUCCUGGGGCGCGCCUUCCUGCAAGACGCCUUCCUGGGCGCCAACUGGGAGCAGAAGAAGGUGUUUCUGGCGCAGGCGCCGGGGCCCAACAUCCCCUCGGGCGUCGACGCCGUCAACGUGCAGCCGGGCGACGUCACGGUCGCGGCGAGCAGCAACGACUGGAAGAAGUCGUGGGAGGGCUUCUGGACGGCUCUGAGUGCCGACCAGGCCGAUGGCAAUGCGCCCGUUAGUGGGGGGAGCGGCAGCGGCAGCGGCAGCAGCAAUGGGGCGGCGUCAUCUGCGGGAGUAGCAGGUCUGUCCACGGCAGCCGUGGCGGGGAUUGCGGUUGGAGCGGCCGUGGGCGGGAUGGCGGUCGUCGGGGCGGCCGUGCUGUUCUGGCGCCGCCGGCGAAAACUGGUUGGACAGGCGGCUCCGGAGGCAGCACCGCAGCCGCCCCCAGCGCCGCCGUACUAUGACACAAAAGACGCUUUCAGUGGCUGGAUGGUUGAGGCACCCGACAAUACUCGCAAGGUCCACGAGAUGCCGCCGCCGGAGAGGGUCUACGAGAUGAUGGGGGAUCAACCUGAUGGGCCCGUGGGCUGGGGGGCCGGAGUGGCGCGGUAG